UAGUUAUUUAAAAAUUACUUAAAAAUGAAUAAUUACAAAUAUAAAGGUUUAUUACUGCAAAAUGAUUUUGAACAUGAUGAAGAGGAUUUCCCUGAAUCCCAUACAGCCUCCACAGUUACGCUGAUAAGUCAACGGCACCAGCAGCAGCAACAAUUUAACAAAAGAUUGUCUAUGACGAAACCUAACAAUCAAACACGAAUUACCCAAGUUAAACCAUAUGAAAAAUCAAUUCAAUUGCAGCAAGAGCAACAAUUGCAACCAUAUAAUAUUCCCGGUAUGAUAAACAAUAUUCCCCCGUAUGGAAAACACUAUAACAAUAUCAAUGAAAACAAUUUCAUAGCAGUUAGACGAAUCCGUAAACCUUCGCUAUGGCUGGGAAAUGUUGAAAAAGCUAAACAACAACAACUACAACAAGAGCAGCAGCAAGUAUUAAGAAAUAAAUCUAGAAAUAAUGAUGCCAUGACCUUUGACAAUGACACGCUGAUGAUGAAUGUUGCAAAUAACGAUGUUGCUGGGGAUUUAACGCCACGCAGAAUGCUGUGUAAAGGCGGAUUAGUGUCGAAAGUCAAAGCGUUCAUUAUCGAAUUCUUGCAGGAUUCGUCUAUACAUGGUUUUGUGUAUUUAGCGAAAAUUGGUUUAAGUUUGAUAGAAAGAACAUUGUGGUUUGCAUUUAUUUGCGUGGCAAUAUUUAGUAUUAUUUCACUUAGUCGUCGCACCUGGCAACGUUUUCAAACCUCACCAAUGGUCAUAUCAAUGGAUCGUAAUAAAUUGGUUUGGAAUACCAGUUUUCCAUCAUUGACUGUGUGUCCUCAUAAACGCAUCGAUGAGCUUAAAGUUGAGGAAUAUAUUAUGUCCCACCCUGAUGUUUUCACCUCCCAAGAGGAUGAAGAAGGCUUUAAAGAUUUCGUCGACAAGUUGGCACGACUCUCCUAUGACAACAUUGAACAUUUACCCAUGAACAAGACAUACGGCAUAACAAGUGACAAAUAUCUAGAUUUACUCUAUGAAUUAAAAUGGCAAUUUGAGCCGGAAAUAAGUAGUGGUGCCGCUGUCAAAAUGUUUAUCUAUGAAACUCAAACUGAAUUUGGUAUUUGUCAUUCCGUCAAUAGUCUGGUGGCUCGCUACAAUUCAUAUGAAUAUUGGAAAAAUAAUGAGUGGGAUUUGUUGGAUCAUGGCGAGCGGGUGACGGUACAUCCGUUAGAUGGUGAAAUUUAUGCACAAAUUAUUAAUUUAUCUACAGCCUAUGAUGUGUAUUUUCAUAGUUCGGGUGAUAUACCGAGUAUAACAAAGCAACGUUAUACAUUUCCCGAAACCGAUUAUACAACAGUAGAACUGAUUGCUUUGGAAAUUUAUACAGAUGAGGCGGCAAAAGCUUUUUCCACUAAACAGCGUAAAUGUCGUUUUAAAUAUGAGGCGGAGGAAAUGCUAACGGCACCCAUCUAUAGUUUUGGUUUGUGUUUGGCCGAGUGUCGUUUAUUUUUGGCCUUAAGAGUUUGCAGUUGUGUGCCUCAUUUCUAUAGGAAUACAUUACGCAAUGGACGAGUUCUGCCAAUAUGCGGUUUAAGAGGACUGGCUUGUAUUGCUAAACUUAAAAAGGAAAUGAUUUCCUUAAAAUCGAAUCGCUAUAAAAUCGAUUGCAAUUGUCUGGCUAAUUGUGAUGACUCUAAUUUCUUUGUACAAUCUUAUCGUUCUAGAGUUUGGUUUUUGGGUGCUAAUCUACAAUGGGGCAUUAUUGACUAUCCCAAGAUGCAGCUGCGUCGUGAUGUUAUUUUCUCAUUUGCUGAUGUAUUGGUUUAUAUUGGCGGUUUGGUUGGCUUUUUCUUGGGCUGCAGUGCUUUGAGUUUCAUGGAAAUUAUAUAUUAUUUUACCAUAAGAUUUGCGCGAAGAUUAAUGGCUUAAAUUUGA